AUGGCGUUUUGGGUGGUCGGCGGGGAGGCAAGGCCACUUUCCCAAGGUGAUGGCCACGUCCUCAAUUCCGAUCUCUACGUUGUGGGUGGCAAAAGGAGGAUUGGUCACGCUGAUGAGCGCGACAUCUACGACAGCAACUUUGAGUACGCACACGACGACAUGCCCUUCCAGAAAAGGGCCCGUGUAUCACAUUUCCCGUCCGACUCGGAUUCUGCUUGUCCACCGCGGGGAUCGAUUCCCGUUCAGAAUCUGUCCUUUUUAGUAAUCCGAGAACAAACAUCGCCAACGCCCGAGCCGGCUGAAGCCGAUGUCACCUCAUCGCAAAUGGAGCGCACCGCCUCUGGCUUGUCCAUCUCGUCCGAUACAGACAUUUACAGCGCCGCCAGCGAGGACGAUUUAAGGCUACUCGACGACGAUGUUGCGGCUAGCCUUGUCGAAAAUCGGUUGCAGCUUUGCCGACGUCGUACCAAGGAUUCUCAGCAUGAACGAAUCCUGAGAUCACUCAUCCGACCACGAUCUCGGCAUGCCGAGUUCUCCAUCGAUAAUGAUGCGCUGGAAAGCAUUUUCUCCGCCGCAAACGAGAUCUUCUUUCACAACAGUCUAUCACAGCGCGUCACUUGGGAUUGGUCCCAUGCAUCUAGCGCCCAGUACAUGGACCACAUCAUCGGUACUACAGCCCUUCGACGCUCUAAAAUGGGAGGCUUCGAGACUCUCAUUGUCUUAUCGAACCCAAUCUUGAAGGACAAGCAGUACAACCGACGACUUCUCAUCUCUACCUUCUUACAUGAGCUCAUUCAUAGCUACCUUUUUAUCAAAUGCGGCGUUAAGGCUCGUCAAUGUGGCGGUCAUACCGCUGGCUUUCGACGGAUUGCGGAGCUCAUUGAUCUUUGGGCUGGGCCGGACAACUUGCACCUACGGAACAUGGAGGCGGAUCUGGACCACUUCCGUGAGGACGAAGACCAUGUUCCUGAAGGCGAUGUGCACCGUAUGGGCAGACCCUGCAGACACAACUUCCCCGCCUUUCAAGAGCACCUCAACCCCCGUCACCACACAUACCACGACAACCAGACUUACGAGAGGUCUCGAUAUAGAUCUCAGGAACGAUGGGAGUAUCACAUCAAUGACCAUCGCGAGUACUUUCCAGUCAGCAGGGAGAGCAGUCCCACAUCUACGACCAUAACGACGACUGAGGAAGACUACGACGAAGUGGAGCCACUUGAAGAAGGUGAGAUCCGCGAGACACGUGGCCGACUCUUCUUCCCUGGCAAUUAUGUUUCCAGCAGGCAGUCAUCUGCCCACGAACGAAACUUUUAUGACUCAUACGACGGGCAAUGGGCCCGUAUUGAUGACCGAGGGGGGAUUGUCGUCUUGGGUUACGACAACGCUCCACAGCAGGCCAUCCCGUCAUACGUUAGGGGAUGCCGAAAUGCGUCUCCCACAUGUGUAUAG